AUGUUUAUCUCUCUGCAGCUGGUGGCCGUUCUGAGGGAGGUGAAGUAUCUGACCAUCCAGGGCCAGCAGGACAUGCCUCCCAGCGCUGCUGAAGUCUUUGCCCAGAGUGAGACCUUCAGGAAAUACGUGGGCAACCUGGACCUCAUCGUCUCCUGGUACAACCAGGUACAGGACAGGACACUGGGAGGGGGGGCAUAGACAGAUGGAUGAAUACAUGUAUGUUUGGUUUUUAUUCUAAAACUGCAACUGAAGACACAAACGCAAUGUAAAAACUUUCUGAGGUGGUAUCUGUCAUCCACAGAUCCUAGCCACAGUCCUGCCAGUGGAGUUUCCACUGCUUGAGGAGGAGCUGAAGGGCAUCGAUGAGAAACUGGCCCUGGCUGAGAGCACUCUGAGCUGGCACGGGGAAGGUACUGGACUGAAGGGUGAUGAUCACAACAUUACUAGUCAUAGUCAUAACAGGUCAUAAUUGUCACUUAUGUGUGUGCCAGGUGUGUGGGAGUACAUCCAGCAGAUGAGAGACAACUUGCAUGACUUUGAGAGCAGAAUCAACAAGGCUAAGACCAACGUGGAGGCCAUGCACCUAAUCAUGGAGGUAAGGACUGUCUAUCUGAUAGAACACACCCCUGCUUUCCCUUCGGUACCACUGGAGGGGAGGUGUGAUGGUUGUAUUGUGAUGUGACUGACAGGAGUGGUCUGUGAGCCCCAUGUUUGAGAGGAAGGACAAUAAGGACUCUCUGCUGGACCUGGAUGGAAGACAAGCAGCCCUCAACAAGAAGUACACCGCCAUCAAAGAGUCUGGCGAGAAACUCCACCAACUGACACAGGUAAAGAAACAACUACUACUUACAGUAUGUAACAAACAGUGAAUAAGUACACUAUGGGAGACUACAGUACACUGAGUGUACAAAACAUUAAGAACACCUUCCUAAUAUUGAGUUGCACCCCCCCUUUUGCCCUCAGAAAAGCCUCAGUUCGUCGGGGCAUGGACUCUACAAGGUGUCCAAAGCAUUCCACAGGGAUGCUGGCCCAAGUUGACUUCAAUGCUUCCCACAGUUGUGUCAAGUUGGCUGGAUGUCCAUUGGGUGGUGGACCAUUCUUGAUACACACAGGAAACUGCUCAGCGUAAAACUCAGCAGCGUUGCAGUUCUUGACACAAAUCUGUGUGCCUGGCACCUACUACCAUACCCCGUUUAAAGGCAUUUAAAUAUUUUGUCUUGCCCAUUCACCCUCUGAAUGGCACACAUACACAAUCCAUAUCUCAAUUGUCUCUAGGCUUAAAAAUCCUUCUUUAACCUGUCUCCUCCCCUUCAUCUACACUGAUUGAAGUGGAUUUAACAGGUGACAUCAAUAAGGGAUCAUAGCUUUCACCUGGAUUCACCUGGUCAGUCUGUCAUGGAAAGAGCAGGUGUUCUUAAUGUUUUGUACAAUCAGUGUAUGUGAUAUGUGUGCCAUGCUGAAGAGUCUGUGUAUCUGGUGUCUGUAGGAGAAUAAGAAGCUGUUUAGAGCAGAUGAGAGCAAUGACUCGUGGAUGGCCUAUGUCGACUACAUCGAUGACAAAGUCCUGGACGGAUUCUUUAAAGUCGUCCAUGUGUCUCUCGAGUUCCUUGCUAGUAACAUGCUCGCCAAGGUAUAAUUCGUCCCGGAGACAAACCCUCACAGAUAUCAGUCAUGUGUUAAAUUCCUUUAUGUGCUACUAACUGGUGUGUUGUGUUGACUUGCAGGCGAGUAUAAACCCGCUGUUUGAGGUGCGUUUUGAGUUGGAUGAUGGAGACACGUCGUUCUACCCAUCUUUGGUCUAUGGCAUAUCUGAUGGCUUCUACGACCUGGUCGAGUGUCUCAUCCAUGAUGUGUACAAAGCUGCUGAACUAGUUCCUCGGAUAUCAAUGACCAACAAAACUUGCUACAAUGUGAGUACAUCCCUGUGUGUGAGAUUGAAUGUUACCUGUGUGUGUGUCCCAUUUUGAACCAUCGUACCCUGUGUAAACUAUGGUGUGUGUGUUUGUGUGUUUCUCCCGUGUGUCCCUCCCUUAAGCUGGAGUUGGAUGAGAUUUCAGAGCUGUCAGACAUGCGUGAGAAUGUGUUGAACCAGGUGGUUGGGGCCAUGAAAGAGGCCCAGGAGUACCGGGACGUGCUCUAUAAAUACGCCUACCUGUGGCAGGAUGACAGGGACGAGUUCAUGGAGCAGUUCCUCCUCUAUGGCAAAGUUCUUACCCCAGAGGAGAUUGAGUUGCACGGAGAGGACAGCGUGCCCAAAAAACCCCCCACGCUCAAAGAUUUCAAGGAAGAGGUACAGAAAGAAGUCCCUGGCUGCGUCCCAAAUGACACCCUAUUCCCAUAG